UCCGGUGCGUCGAAUGUUCCAGAGAGUUGGCAAAGUCUAUAUAAGUGUCAGACGAGCCCCGCUCGGUGUUACUUUGCUCGUGGAGACUCGCGAGAAACGGUUGCUGUUGUUUGCGUUGCUAUAGUUUCUGAACCGCGGCUGUGAAGGAGCUGUUAAAGAUGCCGGAGGACGUACAGAUGCAAGAUGCGGCAGAAGUCGAGACCUUCGCCUUCCAGGCGGAGAUCGCUCAAUUGAUGUCACUUAUUAUCAAUACAUUCUAUUCAAACAAGGAAAUAUUCCUUAGAGAGCUGAUCUCCAACUCGUCAGAUGCCUUGGAUAAAAUUCGUUACGAAUCCCUCACGGAUCCUUCGAAACUGGAUUCUGGCAAAGAUUUGUGGAUAAAAAUCGUUCCCAACAAGAGUGAGCGGACACUGACAAUAAUUGAUACUGGCAUUGGAAUGACAAAAGCAGACCUAGUCAACAACCUGGGAACUAUUGCCAAAUCUGGUACCAAGGCCUUUAUGGAAGCAUUGCAAGCUGGAGCAGAUAUUUCAAUGAUUGGUCAGUUUGGUGUGGGCUUCUACUCUGCAUACUUAGUUGCUGACAAGGUGACUGUUGCUUCAAAGCAUAAUGAUGAUGAGCAGUACUUGUGGGAGUCAUCUGCUGGAGGAUCAUUCACUAUUCGCCCAGAUCCUGGUGAGCCAUUGGGCAGAGGAACAAAAAUUACACUGUACAUCAAAGAAGACCAGACGGAAUUCUUGGAAGAGAGGAAGAUUAAAGAAAUAGUGAAAAAGCAUUCUCAGUUCAUAGGCUACCCAAUCAAGUUGGUUGUUGAGAAGGAAAGGGACAAGGAACUCAGUGAAGAAGAGGAAGAAGAAGAAAAGAAGGAAGGUGGUGAAGAAGGUGAUAAUGAAUCUAAGCCAAAGAUUGAAGAUGUUGGCGAGGAUGAAGAAGAUGAGUCAGGAGACAAAAAGAAAAAGAAGAAGAAAACCAUCAAAGAAAAAUAUCUGGAGGAUGAAGAGUUGAACAAGACAAAGCCAAUCUGGACAAGGAAUCCAGAUGAUAUAUCUCAGGAAGAGUAUGGUGAAUUCUACAAGUCUCUAACAAAUGACUGGGAAGAUCAUCUUGCAGUGAAACAUUUCUCUGUUGAAGGACAACUUGAAUUCCGGGCUCUGCUGUUCAUUCCUCGCCGAGCACCUUUUGAUCUCUUUGAAAACAAGAAGAGGAAGAAUAAUAUCAAACUGUAUGUCCGCAGGGUGUUCAUUAUGGACAAUUGUGAAGAUUUAAUUCCUGAGUACUUGAACUUCAUUAAGGGAGUUGUGGACAGUGAAGAUCUUCCAUUGAACAUUUCAAGAGAAAUGUUGCAGCAGAACAAAAUCCUGAAAGUAAUCAGGAAGAAUCUAGUCAAGAAAUGCUUGGAGUUGUUUGAGGAAUUGACAGAAGAUGCAGACACUUACAAGAAAUUCUAUGAGCAAUUCAGCAAAAACCUUAAGCUUGGCAUUCAUGAGGACAGUACAAACCGCAAGAAGCUUUCUGAUCUUCUGAGGUAUGCAACAUCAGCAUCUGGUGAUGAAACUUGUUCACUUAAGGACUAUGUUGCAAGAAUGAAAGAAAACCAGAAGCACAUUUACUACAUUACUGGUGAAAACAAGGACCAGGUAGCUAACUCCUCAUUUGUUGAACGAGUGAAGAAGCGUGGCUUUGAAGUAGUGUACAUGACAGAGCCAAUUGAUGAGUAUGUAGUCCAGCAGAUGAAAGAAUAUGAUGGCAAACAACUGGUGUCUGUUACAAAGGAAGGUCUUGAACUUCCAGAGGACGAAGAAGAAAAGAAAAAGAGGGAGGAAGACAAGGCCAAAUUUGAGAACCUUUGCAAAGUCAUGAAAGACAUACUGGACAAAAAAGUGGAGAAGGUUGUUGUUAGCAACAGGCUGGUGGAAUCUCCGUGCUGUAUUGUAACAUCCCAGUAUGGAUGGACGGCAAAUAUGGAACGUAUCAUGAAGGCACAAGCAUUGAGGGAUACAUCCACAAUGGGCUACAUGGCUGCAAAGAAGCAUUUGGAGAUAAAUCCUGACCAUCCUGUUAUGGAAACUCUCCGUCAGAAGGCUGAAGCUGACAAGAAUGACAAGGCAGUGAAGGACUUGGUGAUGCUGCUGUUUGAGACUGCUCUUCUGUCUUCAGGAUUUACUCUGGAGGAACCUCAGGUACAUGCAUCAAGGAUUUACCGAAUGAUUAAGCUGGGUCUGGGCAUUGAUGAAGAGGAGCCUCAGGCUGCAGAAGAAGAAAAAGUAGAUGCUGAAAUGCCACCACUUGAAGGUGACAGUGAGGAUGCGUCUCGAAUGGAGGAAGUUGAUUAAAUUUGUUUCCAUGUGUAAUUAAGACUGAAUAUCAUUCCUCAUUCUAUGAAUGCUGUAAUUGAUGACUGUAAUUAGCUGUCGCCUUAUUUAUGUCCUGUUCAUUAUAGGCUAGUCAUUUUUGUUAUUGUUUUUUUGUAAAAUAAAGUAAUUAUUUUACAGUA